AUGACGGCCAUGCUGACCCUGAUGUCUCUUACCAGAAAAAUCAUCGUUAAUUACUGUGAUAAUUUCACAUCCAAUGUGUCAGAAAGUGAAAUUCUCUUUCAAUAUCACGAGGUUGACAGAAGGCGCAGUAUCAAAAUUUAUAGAGAUGUUGAGAGUUAUAUUGAAAUUAAGAUAGGCGCAGCUGUUUGUUCAUCAGUUGCAAAGGACAUUGAUGUCAGUGAUGAAGUUGGUUGUAAUGGAGGCUCAAAAUUGUUUGAUAAAUCUAUAAAAUGUUUAUAUAAACGAGACCAAGCAGGAUUUAUGUUAGGCUGUAACACGGGAGCACAUCUUCAGAAUUGUCGUGACUUCAUAUGUCCGCCGAAUACCGUGAAAUGUCUGAACAGUUUUUGUCUCCCAUUAGAAUACGUAUGUGACGGUGAAAAACAAUGUCCAGGAGGCGAGGAUGAAAUUGGUUGUGGAUGCUUUCAGGAAGGGAAUGAAAUUGUAUUAAUGACAGAAAAUGAAGACUUCGACGAAACAUACGUGAAAAAUGUUGCUAAACAGUUCUCUGCUCUGCGUUCAAUUUUCAGAGUAUUGCGGUAUAAAGUCAGAAAAGAUCCGACUUUAUUGGAAUACGAGCAUUUAUUUCUUGAUAUAUCAGACACAGAGGUUAAUGCAUAUGACAUUAUCAAUCGUGAAUACAUGUGUCAUUAUACUGUUCUAGCUUCAAACUUCAUAAACAGCAUUCAGUUUUCGAAGAAUAAUUCAAGGGGAUUAGUCUUUCUUCAAAAAUCCGAGGUGUCGAAACUUGUUGCCGAAAUGAUGUUCAAGAAUAUUAGGUCAUCACCGGACUUCCAUGUGUACAGAGUGGUCGAAAAUCUGAAUAUUUCUGCUUCAAAACUUGGUCCGUUUGCACACGUUAUAGAAGUGUCAGUAAAGCAUUGGUCGCAUCUUACCUCGAUAGGAUCAUCAUUCUUUCCGAUGAUAUGUAAAAAACAUACAGCAAUGUUUUGCCCGAAUGACUUUAAAUGUAUGGCAAAUACGAAAUGCAUUUCAAUGGACCAAAUGUGUGACGGAAAAGUUCAGUGUAUCAAUCAUGAUGACGAGAAAAUGUGUGAUUAG